AACAAAAUGAGUGUCCUUACUGUCCCGAGGGGGUUGAGAUGAUAGCCAGACUCCAGCUCCCAUCGCUUGCCUACAGAAGUCUCAUGCUCAUAUAUUUUUGUCCUUUGAAAUGGUGUGGAAAUGUCUGGGGUUGUAUCACUGGGGGAGUCUUAUUUCUAGACAGAAUGAUGAGCAUGUGGCUCUGAGUGAGCAAGGCUCCCCAGAAUCUUGACCCCAGAGACUACUUCAGUCCCACUGGGAAGAGAAGCUUGAUGGGGAGGGAAGCCACACCGCUAGCCCUGCUCUUGCAUCUUUGGCCUGAGGGUCUGUAGGAAUCAGCCUAUGGCCCUUUUCUGGUCUUCUAGCAACCCUGGGCUUCCAUCCCGUCUCUGAAUUAAUUGCCUCAGUUUCUUCAACUGUUCCUGUGCUUCCCGCCUUAUUUUCUCCACCACUGGGGGAGCUUGAAUUGAGUUGGUAACUGCUCUCAGGAUGUCCCUGAUUUCUCUGAGACAGUCUGUUUUGGUCUUUCUCUCUCUGGCCUGUGGGUUUGCCCUUAAGGGAGGGGUACAGCCUCUCCCAAGUAAGCUUCCUUGAGCUGAACCACACCUCUUUUGGAGGCAGGAAGGGAAAAGGUAUGAUCAUUUACAAGUGUGGGAGGCAGCAAGUGUGUGGGAGGCCCUGGUACCCCAGGAUCGCCUAGCUUCCCAGGGCUGAGCAGAUGGUGUGGAGGUGGCAAGGCCUGGGAAUGCCCUAGUUCUUCCAUUUAUCUCACUGGGGACAACUACUGUGCAGAUAGAGUAUCAGACUGUUGCAUCUCCUUCCUUUGGUCCGCAAACCUGAAUUCACUUAGGCACAGGCCUUGUCCUUUCCUUUCAGUCUCCUUGCUUUUAGGCAGGGAGAAUCUUAUUCACUUAACAGGACAGAAAGGAAUGGUAGGAGAGGGUGGGCAGCCAGGGAAAUCCGGUAUUUCUGGAAAACUCAUAUUUCAGUGUACCAAAUUUGGGUUUGGGUGAAAUCAGUUGCCAUAAAUGUAAUUUCCACAGGCUACAUGAGACGUAAACCCUUGUAGACAUAAAGGUACAAUGAGGUUGGCUUAAGAAACAAUGGGCCAGGAGCUGUCAGGUGCCCUUCGCCCUAGGGGCUCUCCCCUGCAGACGCGCUUUCCCCCCAGCCCCGAGAGGGCGCUGUGGGCGAAUCUGCCGCAUUGCCGGCGGCGUCCGGGGGAGGAGCCUCUGCCGCAGCCGCGGCCGCCUCCGCGUUCUCAAACCCGGAAGACGCGUUCUGGCAGCUGGGAGCGUGCGCCGGCCUGGCCCGGCCAUGCAGACCCUGGAGGUCUUUUCUCCUGGCACCCUGUAUUCAUGGCCUUGGCGUUCUGCCUCUGCAUGGCUGAGGCCAUCCUACUCUUCUCACCUGAGCACUCCCCGUUCUUCUUCUGUUCCCGAAAGGCCCGGAUCGGACUCCACUGGGCAGGGCAGACCCUAGCCAUCCUCUGUGCAGCCGUGGGCCUGGGCUUCAUCAUCUCCAGCAGGACCCGCAGUGAGCUGCCCCACCUGGUAUCCUGGCACAGCUGGGUAGGGGCUCUAACACUACUGGCCACGGGUGGUCAGGCGCUGUGUGGGCUCUGCCUCCUCUUUCCCCGGGCAGCCAGGGUCUCAAGGGUGGCUCGUCUCAAGCUCUACCAUCUGACAUGUGGACUGGUGGUCUACCUGAUGGCUACGGUAACGGUGCUCCUGGGCAUGUACUCAGUGUGGUUCCAGGCCCAGAUCAAAGGUGUAGCCUGGUACCUGUGUUUGGCACUGCCCCUCUAUCCAGCCUUGGUGAUCAUGCACCAGAUCUCCAGCUCCUACUUGCCAAGGAAGAAAAUGGAAAUGUGAGUUCCUCCAAACUCUGAAUCUAGAUGGGACACUUGACUUGGACUUCAGUGGUUCCCUUGGCAAACUUCAAGGGAUCCACUCCCAAAGUGAUAGGGUUUUUGUACUUCUUAGCUGGGCCAAGGGCUACAGAAACCCACACAACUAUUGUACACAUGACACAGUGGGCCGAAAUGGGGAAAUGUACUGGGUGCAAGUAAAAGGUGAUGGGGAGCUUGAUCCUGAUGCCUCCACUCUUGACGGAAAACAGAAGGGCUGUGUGGUGGUGGUGGUGGUGUGGUCAUUUCUUACUUACAUGCCUGAUGAAGAGUUGGGUUCCUGUAACUUAUGAAUGGCACCUGUGGCUCUCUGGGUCACUUUUGAGAAAGCAGUGUGGUGUAGCGGACAGAGCCCAUGGGUCUUGUUUAUGGGUUACGGUCUUCCUAGGCUCUGUUAUGUGACCUUAGGCAACUCACAUGUCUCAGGACCUCAGUUUCUUCAUCUGUGUAAUGAAUGAGUGUUUCUAAAUGAUCUCUAACAUUCAGUGUCUGUCAGGUUGAUGUCACGGAACAUCUGCCCAGCUCUAGACCAUGGGCUGGACCACUCAGCAGACUCAGGAUGUAAUGCUUACAUUAUCUCCUCACCCCUCUGGAGGGACAGGUCUACCCUCCUGGCCUGGCAGGAAUCAGUGCUGAUUCGGCCCCUGGACCAGGGUAUAAAGGAUCAGGCACUGUGGAGAGAAGGGGCUCAGGUGAGGGUCUUCUGAACUCCAAGAGAGUAAAGGCACUAAAGUCACUUUAAAGUUUUGGGAGAAGCAAAACGGCCUUGGCUUACCCAAGCCUUUGGCUCCUGGCUGGGCUUCUUGGUCCAGCUAAGAUCUCCCUUCAGCCCAUCUCAGGAUCUGGGCUUGAGGGCUGCAGGACAUGGGUAUGUGUUCCUUCCCCUGACAUCGUUCUCAGUGGCAAAGUUGUUCUGAGCACCUUGUGGUUUGCCCUUGCUGGGGCUCAGGUUCUUGCCUUAGCACAUAGCUUCGUGGAACUAUUUCGAAGCUUUUAGAACAAAAUAAGAGCCAAGGAAGCAGGGCAGGGCGCUUCUGAUCUAGGGAAAACAGAGUCGAGACACCCUGGUCCCUCUUCUUGUCAGCUAAGCUUCCUCUCUUGUCAUCUCUUGCCAGCUCUUGGACCCAGGAGGGGGCUGAGUUUGGUACUAGUUGGCAAAUGAGGGCGGGGCCCUCUUCCCUGCGGAGACCGCUGUUUGUUACAAACUGAAAGCUUUGAUAGUUCCCCAGACUGCCCUCAGCAAUGAGGGCUGGGAACCAGGCUGGUUAACUGUGAUCUGGCUCAGGUGGGGAGAUGGGACCUCCUUAGGUCAAGGCAAGGACUGAUGAUGGCCAACCCAGGAGAGCUGGUGUGGAGGCAGGUGGAGACAGCUCAGUGGGACUCUGGGAGGCCUAGGGUGGAGGGGCUGAAGCGCCAUGUCUUGGGAGCAGGGGUAGGCAUUCCUAGAUGGCAGCGUUUUGGAUGUCCCAGGUCUUUUGAAGAUUCAAGACCUCUCUGGGUGGCUCAGAAGCAAGGAGGUUGGUAUGAUUCAGCAAUACAGGAAUGGGGACUGCAAGGGCAGAAGCAUCCUGAGUGGACUCACUGGGCUCCCCCUGGGUCAGAUGGCAUCUCUAAGCCCUGAGCAGCUAAAGGGGGCCCAGCUGUGCAGAGGUUGAUUGUUCCUGUCUCUCAUUGCCUCCCCUCCCUUCUCAAAUACUCAGUGUGGUCUGAACUUGGGAGAGGUGAUUACUGGGGCUGCAUGGAGCAGAUUCUCACCAGGGGUCACUUUGAUCAGGGAUCCAUUUCCUGUCUGCCCGGUCACAGCCAGUGCUGGGAGUCAGGCACCCUGUCUGCAGCAGGGGGAGAGGCCAGGUAAGGUUCACCAGGUUGCUCUGAGAGCCAAACAGGCAAUGCCAGCAAGCCUGCCUGAGGUGUUUCCUCCUCCCAGGUGGUGGUGAUGGGAGCGGGGAGGUGGGGGCAGGCUGGCUGAGAGCCUGCAGUUUCCGUGGGCUGUGCCAGCUGAUGUCUAUUCCCAGCCCUGGGAGGAAGAGGGAAGUCAUUUAUAUUCUGCAGGAGGGAGGGGCCGCAGCUGUCCCUCUCUGACCUGUAGGCCUGAAGGGCAGGGGCACAGGGCAGAGAGGAGGGCACACAGGUGGUCUCCUGUUUAGCCGGUCUGACUGCAGUAGGGGGAAUAGGUCACCAGGAGGAGCCCUUCUUCCCUGCUGGCCAGAUUGUUGGGGAGACUCCCCUUCCUUCUUUGUAUUUCUCUCUCCAUCACCACCUGCCCUCACAUCCUGGGGCGGCAGCUGGACAACCAUUAGACCUAAGUGCCAGAGCACGCAUCCUCCAGUUGGGAUCUUGGUGGCUGCCGGCUGCAUAUGCCUCCUGCUUGUGUGUUUCCUCCUCCCUACCCAAGCUCUCUUCCUCCACCUCCCCACCUCCCCAUCUCCCCAUCUCCCCAUCUGGGGUAUUAGCUGAGCACCUUAGCAAUGAGGCAGAGGCCUCGGGGGAGAAGCAAAUGGCUGCCUUUUUUUGCCCUUGUCCGCUAAGCUGCUAGUAGUCAGCCUGUUUUGCCUUUUUGAAAAAGAGGCAGGGUGCUCAAAUUAAAAAAAAAAAAAGCGUGUCAUUUGCACAAAUUUGCAUAUCAGGCUCACUAAGUCCUGAUUCUAAAUAUGAUUAUAUUCAAACUCAACCUUGAGGACAUUAGAAAUACAGGUUUUUGCAUCCAAAUCCAGAUGGUAAUAGGACUACCAUUCUGGGUUCAGAGACCCCCAUCUUUCCUGGAACCACCCCUCCCCUUGAGCCCCACCAUAGCUGGGUGUGGUGUCAAAUGGCAGGAGCUCUGCCUCUGGGGAGGUCUUCCAGCCUCACCUUCUUGGCUCUUCAGCUGCAUCAAAGGUAGGCUGCUGUUUCUUGCCAGCCUGUGCCUCCUCUCUCUCCACUCUCUCACCGGGCAGACUGUCCCACCCCACUCCCUGAUACUGGCCUGUCCCUUCUUUCUCAUUGUCCCCACCCUUCCACCCCCGUGCACGGCUGCCAUGGGUCUUGUUUUUAAGACCUCACUGUGGGAGAUCUGGGCAUCCUCCCUGAGCCAGCUGGCUGCUGUGCCAAGGCCUGUUCAGAGUUAAUAAUAAUCAUUAGCUGAACAGCGCUGGGCCUUUCGGCUCCAGAUCUCUAAGCACUUGCAGGCUGAGUCAGCCAGUGCUCACCUUCCCCCUCUUCCUGGGCUGCAGUCUCUCAGAUGGGAAGCACUGUGGGAGGGGGGAGGGGUCAGGAGUCUCACCUCCCAGCCAUGGUUUGAGCUUCUUUCCCCUGGGAGUGGGUCCUGAGAUUCCUCUGAGUAAACAAAUAAGGCCUUUUCACCUGACAAAGGUCAAGAUGCAGGGAGCACAGUGCAUGCCCCGCUGACAGUGGUAGUAGCAGUGGUGACUGUUGACCUGACCCACUAGUACUCCUGCCUUCCCUUCUGUUUACCUGUUCUGGCCUCCAGAGCACACCCCUGGUUUUCAUACCCGACCUCAGCCUUUUUGGUGGUCCUCUGCAGGUUUAGGGAGCAGGGAGGCUUCCACAGGCCGUGUCUGGUUGGCAUAAAGAGCCUGUGCGUCAUGGAGUGACAAGUGUGUUGACCUGAGAAAGAGGAAACCUGCAGUGCGGGCUUACUCAGCCCCUAACAACGGCACGGCCAUGAGCAAAUCACUUACCAUUCGACCUACCUCACAGGGCUGUUGUGAGGGUGAGAUGAUGGAAUGCAUGUUAACUGGCAUUGGAAAGUUCAAAGCAUUAAACACAUGUGAACAGGUGGUGUUACUAUG